UCGGCGCAGAAUAACGAGAGCCAUUAGAGAUGUGUUUCGUAGUUUUUUCUACCGACAUUUGUAAAAUAUUUUGAUGCUUAAAUGUAGAGUCCAUUUCCGAGCAUUUGAUUAAAAGUUGCGUUUCCAGUUUAUCGGAUUUCUUUAUCCGACGCUAACAUAUUUGAGUGCUAGCGACCACAUAUGCCAACGUAGCCGAAUGGAGAUGACGGAACCCGCCGAUUGAAAGAUAGCCGGACGUGACUCACGUGGAACCCGGACUCACGGCGCCUUGCCGUGAACCAGACACACUAACGCGCAAAAUCGAUGCAUGUCAAGGUUUAUUGCACAGUAGUUGUUAUUGGAAGCCAGUUUGUGUGAGCUGCGCUGAGUUAUAGAUUACUAUAAAUAAAUAUCAUUAAUUGGCGUGAUUUGCAUGCCCAGUUCAUCUUCCAAUUAUCUUUCAGUCUGAGAUUAGGUUUGAAUCAGUUAAGAUGGCUCUGUUGAUCGGAUUAGUUUUGUGCUGGAUUGUUUCCUGUUCGGUGGCGGCUCCAACCGUGCAUCUCAUCAAACCGGAAAACAACGAAUACAUACCCGAAUCGCCGUCUUACAUACAAACGGAUUCGCCCCAGUUGGUAGAUCCAAUCUGGAUGACGGUCACAAUGAAACCACUCGUGAAAACCACUGUAGUGGAGCCAAUUAACAAAAGUGAUCAGCCAUCGCUCGAAACAGUCAGCCAAAGUACAGCUCCACAGCAACCUUCGUAUUAUCCUUACUAUCAUCAAUUGCAAACGGUACCGAACCUCCAACAACCGUAUCCUUACAACACGCCGCAAUAUCAAUACCAACCGGGCUUCCCAUUUCAAUGGUCUUCGCUGGCCGCCCAACCGUUGGUAGCCCAACCGCUCUUAGCAUCGCAGUUGUACCCAUUCCCUUUGCAGCAACUAAGCGGCGGACUCACCAGCAGCAGCAGCAGCAACGCUCAGCCCUGUGACGAUGGUGGCAGAAAUAUCGGCGGUUAUCAACAGCACGGCUAUUAAUGCUCCAGCACUGUACAAAUCUCUCGUAAAUCUGUGUGAUUAUAGAAUACAAAAGCAAACACUCGUCAAUUUUAUUCCCGUGCAGUACCUAAUUUUACGAGUGAAAACACUUCAAAGUGCGUCAGCCGCUCCUGAUGGCGAUGGCAGAGUGCUCUGUACCAAUAAAAGGUUCAAAGGCAUUCGGCAUCAUCAUGUCGCCGGGAAUAAAUACUCGCUGGAGAGUCUUUUGUUCGCGAUGAGGCACUCGGCAGCAUUAAGAAACACUCGAUUAAAUUCAAACAAUUUCGAUAAUCCCGCAGUUGGAAACAUUCAUCAAAAUUUUUCUUUCAUUUCUUCAAGCCUCAAGCUGGAAAGAUAAUGAUCCUGCCGUGAAAGUAAAAGGAUCGGCUUUCCAAAAGUUCCUUUUUGUGUUAUUCGUGCUUUCAGAGACGUGGAAUCUGGUUUGUUUAAAAUAAGCUUUAAAAACUCACGGAUAAUUUUUGAUGUCUUAGGAUGCCUUUUACAAGGAAACUUUUAGAAGAAAUAGCUUAAAAACGAGACUGUACAGGAAUUCCGAGUUUAAAUUUAGUAGUCCACUUACUUGUUGUACAUUCAUUCAGUCGAUACGAUACUUGAAAAUAAAUCAACUUUAAAUGACACUGGA